UCUACUUGCCUAAGACUAUACAGGUGCCGCCGCUUUUAUAACAUCGGCACGUGACUCAUCCUUCUAUACUCUUAUACUCCUGGACACCUGAUGCGAAGAAAACCACCCGCCCCUUUCGUCCUCGGGCAGUAUCUCAAGCUACAGAUAAAAGGCUAGUUUCCUCUUAUGGGGAUCCAAGCUCGAACGUCGUCGCCGCCGCCGCCUCGUUCAAUUCGUUUCUCAGGUUUGUGACAGGCGUGCUUCGUAUGUGGCGGCUGUGGCUGCCAUGACUGGAGGCUGGGAGAUCGCGCGCGAGAGGCGGCUCCGGGUCGAGGUUCAGUGUAUCAAUCCAAAUAUUCAAUGGAGUGGGACGAGCCCGAUCGACCCUUCCGACAAGACUUGGUGAAGCAGAGUUGGUGGCGACGGCAGGCAAUGCGCGUCAUGGCGAAGACGUGGAUCGAGGGGAUGGUAGUUUCAAGAAUGUUGCGGAAGUUCCGCCAAAUGGCCGUGAGGGGCCCUGGAGCGUUCGGAGCUGUCGGGAAGAUUCUCCUUGAGAUUGAGUGCCACCAGGGUCACCACGCGCAGACUUGGGGCGGCACUGCGCAGAGAAAGCGCAAGGUCGGAUUGGGUGACUUCGACCCAGUGCAGGUGCAGCCUCAUCAGGCGGGAGAAGUGAACCUGGGGGGGGCCAUUCUCUCCGGCGUGACAAGACUGUGGAUGCGCUGGAAAUAUCGGCAGGCAAAGACGGGCAAGGUGGCGCGAUAUAGAGCCUUGUAUGUCAGUCGCAGGGCACAUAGAUCCAGGUAUGCCAGGCACGUUGCAAUCGCAUCGAACAACUCUGGUGGGAGGGACUCCAUUGUGUGCGGCAGGUCAGAUGCAAUUGGGGAGGUGGAGACCAAGGGGGAGAGGGAAGAAUGCCUCGUAAGUGUGUGUGAAAUUGUGCAUUAGUGAAUAAAUGGAGUGGGACUGACCCCGUGGAGUAUAACCUUGGAUAGAGCAUCAGAAAGGGAAAGUUG